CUGCUGAGAAGAUCUAGCAGUGGACCACCAAAAUGUGACGAGACCCUUGAACCAUACGUCCACAAUAUCAGCGAAACUGAUCCGAAGCAUCGUCAGCAGUAGCAGGAGCGUCAAAAGUGCAGGUUUGGUCCCACAUUUGCACACUUGGAGCAUUGGAAUUGCGACAUCUUCUUGCUUUUUCCGGGGGAUGGGCCUGCCGCAAUUCACAUUAUUCUGACGUCGGGGAGAAUUCCUCUGAAAACACAGAGAUGGGUAAAGGGUGAUGAAAUUUUCUGGUACCCCUACGAACCGUAAACUUUGCUCGUGAAAGCGAAGUUGAUAGCUUUCGAUUGGUAUGGCGAUUUACUCCUGACCCAUGCUCGAUCAGUGAUUGGCACAUGGUGUUGCGGGAAUCUUGUUCGAACGAAGAGGAAGAGCAGUCAGUGUGAUGGCGAGGCCAACUGUUUGAGGGCUGUCGGUGGUUGAAGGGGAGCAAGAUUCGUUUUGUACCUUGCCAGUAUCCGCAGACUGAAUGCGUCUAGAAGGUGUUAAUUGAGUCUUAAAUGUGGAGAUUAGAGUACAGUUAUGUUCUGCGAGGAAAAUCUCUAUCGAAAGUUUAGGCAGUGCAGGUUGACGACGAGCCGAGCGAGGGCUUACCGAAGGAGGGCGGGGAGAUUACCCAGAAUGUGUUCUCGCAGACUCGUGGUUGUUUGUUUGGACCAUUGGUGGGCGGACGUAUGUUGUGUGAAGAUUUAGGGCUGGAAGACGUUUGUGAAAUCCCCGAGAUUGUGAAGUUCCGUUGAGUUUCUCAAUGAGAAAAAACUGAGCGGCUUGAUGGAUUAAGAUGGUGGAGUUGCCAUUCAAAGAUAAAAACUAGCAAAAGGAUUCCUUUGGAAACGCAAUUCGAUCAGUAUGUUAGUGUGUCGAAGGCAGAAAUAAGGUCUCACAAUCGUAAUGGAUCCCCUAGCGUCAGAGGUCACGGCGGGAGCAGCCGGGGAAAACCCUCCCUCCGCGUCGUGGCUCGCGGCUCAUUGGCGUAGAUUCUUACAAUCCAUAUGGAGUCAUCUGUUGCAUUGCAGCGAAGCAGUUCGUAACGAAUGGAGGAAUCGUCCCCGCGACGCCACCGAACUUUACAUACUCGCUCGACGCAAUUUGAUCACCAUUUCGAUCGUCAUGUUCAGUGGGGUCUUCACAUGGGAAAUAUCGGUGGAAGAAUUGCGGUUGCGCCAGGGCAUCUCCGUUGUGUUCCCAAUUUACGUUCCGCAAGCCGUCUCGCUCUCCCUGGCAUCGAUCUGGCGAUACCACAUCAUACCGGGGAACGUUAUAGGGCUCUAUCUCGCCAGGAUGUACAUGACGUGGCGGGGACCCGGCUCGACAAGCGUGAUCACCUCGACCAUGUUCCUUGUCAGCUCCUUAGCCACUCUUCAAAGUCACUUCGCUGCAUUCUACCUUCGGAAGCGUCUGUGUGAAAAUCGGAACAAGAAAUUUCCGACAAUCGAUUCAGUGUCUGACGCUGCGUGGUUUCUCGUCAUCGUCACCGUGUUCUCUUUGUUCUUCUGUACCGUAAUAGCCUUGUGCCUCACUGCCACGCCCGUGGUCGUCUGGUCCCAGUUUGGGGUCCUCUGGGCGACAUGGUGGCUGGGAGUACUCACGGCUAUGAUAACGAUCACACCGCCGAUCAUCCACCUCAUGGCAUGGAAGUGGCGGCCCAGCCUUUGCCGCCCCAUGAAGCUGCUUGAGGUUUUAUUAACUGCUGCGGCCACCAUUGGAGUCUCAACCACCAUCUUCUUUUUCGACUUGCAGAAGUUCCGCCCCUUGCCCUUCCUUGCCUACCCGUGUAUCGCGUACACAGCUUUUCGGUUUAACCGCGUGGGAUGGGCGUUCACCGUCUCCGUUAUUGCAUUCAUCUGCUCGUCGGGGAGCAUUCGCAAGCUCGGGGUGAUGUAUAUAUUGCUUGGACGACCUCCGCCUUGGUCGGCCAAGCUCAUACUCCAGAUUGAGCUCUACAGCAUAGUGAUGGGCGUGGUGAGCAUCACAGUCGCCGCGGCAGUGAGGGAGAAGAAGAGGCUAACCCGCACGCUUAACCAAAUGAACGUUGAUCUCGAGUACCAAGUCGAUAGGAGAACUUUGGAACUACGGAAGGCAAACGAGGAGCUUCAAAUAUCUCAGAAGAAGGCUGAGAUGGCCAGCCAUGCAAAGACCCAUUUUCUGGCAAACAUGAGCCACGAGAUUAGGACUCCGAUUCAUGGAAUUCUGGGCUUGACUGCACUGCUUCUGGAGUCUGAGCUUUCAGUGGAUCAGAAGGACAGCCUUUCAUCAGCGAAGGAAUGCGCUGAUCUUCUACUUCACAUCAUCAAUAGCGUGCUGGAUCUUGCGAAAAUCGAGUCUGGUCGUCUUGAGAUCGAGAUGGUUCCGUUCAAUAUCCGCAACAUGGUGUCCAGUACACUUCGGAUGCUGCAAGCCAGAGCACAAGAGCGUGGCUUGAAGCUAUUGUGGGAGGUGGAUAGGGGAGUGCCUCCUUCGCUUGUGGGCGAUGCUGGAAAAAUCCAACAAUCCUUGUUGAACUUAGUGGGCAAUUCGCUGAAGUUCACGCAUGAUGGGUUUAUAUCUGUGAGCAUCGGAGUGGCCUCUGACUCUGUGAGAGCUUCUGUGAUCGGAUUACCUGUUGGGGCCAGCAGUGGAGCGGCUCGGGGGUUGGGUGGAAAACUGUCCUGUAAUGAACACCACAUAGCGCAAGCUCAUGAGAGCAUGCUUAUUCACUUCGAGGUUCGCGACACUGGAAUAGGUAUCAACAAAGAGAAGCUGAAGGACAUGUUCAAGCCCUUCACUCAAGCUGAUGCCUCUACUUCUCGUCUUUAUGGUGGUACUGGCCUCGGUCUAUGUAUUGUUCAUAGAUUUGUGGAGCUUUUAGGUGGCUCAAUCUGGGUGGAGAGUGAAUUUGGAAAGGGUAGUGCGUUCCACUUUUGCUUGCCACUUUUCCUGAACACUUCCCUCGAUGAGAUAUCACUGGAAGCGUCGCCAGAAGUGAGAUCUCCAGGGAAGAGUAGUGAUAAACCAUGGAGCCUUCUGCGCAGUUUGGUUUUUAGUCCACCUAGUCCAAAGUGCUCGAGCUCUGGAGGUGGGCAGCCGGAUGCUGGACCACAAAGUCGACCUUCAGAGAAUCCGUUGAGGUUGCCAAAACAUGAACCUAAGGAUGAUCCUGUGGGGAGGGGGAAGAGAGCAGGCCGUACCAUGCUUUCGCUCGGUGAUUAUCCCACCUUCGGAAACCAGGUUUCGGAAAAUAGAGAUGACUGGUUAGCUGGGAGCAGUGACUGGAGAAGUGGAGUUUAUGGUUCGAUGCUCACACCCUACCAAUCAUUUCUAGCUAAUUUAGAAGUAAGCGACCCACCCAGCCGGCCACGGCGAUCUUCUUGGUCGUAUUAUGACACAAGGGCAGAGUCGCAGGGAAGGAGUGUUGCUUUUGCCAAUUAUGAAGCAUCGAGCGAGCGGCUGAGCCAGGUGCUACAUCCCCGGCGCAGUUGGGAUGGUGGCAGAGGCACAUCUAGUGAGCUGAAGACAGACUCUCUGGAGCUGGUUCCCUGGCACGGCAAUUCACUCGGAACUUCAACGAGACAAGCAGACAGUUUUCAAGUGGUUGGUACACAUAGAGAUACUUCCAACAUCGGUUCGCCUCCGAGAAGAGGACCUUUACCAGACGUAGCAUUCGAUUCUACCCAGACAGAACCUGCUCCAAAUGGGCUAAAGCAGAGUUCUCUAUCAGAGCUUAGCAGAGAAUCUUUAACAGAAUUGGAGUUGUUAAAAGGGAAACUCAAGCUGAGGAUAAUCCUUGCGGAGGACAAUAAAAUAAACCAAAAAGUUGCAAGCCGGCAGCUGGAGAAGCAUGGUCACGUCGUCAACAUCGUGGACAAUGGGCAGCGUGCUCUAGAAACCAUCUGCGCGCAGCAUGACGACUUCGACCUCAUACUCAUGGAUGUGCAAAUGCCGAUCAUGGACGGAUUAUCAGCCACGAAGCAAAUACGGAAGGCAGAAGCAGAGAAGGGAUGGUCUAGGGUUCCGAUUAUAGGACUCACUGCGCAUGCGACCAAAGGCUAUCAAGACACUUGCCUGACAUAUGGAAUGGAUGGCUACCUUGGGAAGCCUUUUGAUAUCCAGCAGCUGCUCAAAACCAUUGGUCACAUUCUACCCAGAAGCUAACACAAAUACCAGAUUUCACCCAUUUGUACCAUACACGAGCAUCUAAUUUUUCUUCAUACGAAGAACUAGGAUGGUUACUAUAGAUACUCGCUCAGUUCUCAAACGAUUUCGACAGUGUGCCUUGUCGACUUGACUGCACAUCUGAAGAUAUUUGAGCUCCGAAUUCUGACAAUUGAACGAUCUUGCGUUUCAGUAAAAGAUGUGAUGUGAUGAGGAUUCUAGGAACUAGUCUCAAUGCUAGGAUCUUCGGUCACCACGAUGGGUGCAUUUAUUGCUAUUCAUACAAAGCUCGGUGUUGUUUUUUCUGCAAUUCUGCACAAUUCAAUGCUCCUCUUUGAUAUGUACAUGGGUUUUUCAUCUCCUUA